AUGGGGAAGUUAAUCCCAAAUGCUUUCAACCUUGCAGUUGUUGUCUAUGUGGCCCUUGGGUCCACCGCCUGCUCUUAUGGCAUGGCCAUCAUUGGCUCUACCAUUGGACAGCCAAGCUUCUAUACCUCUCUCAAGCUUGCCCCUGCUGGCGAACCUGGCUAUUCCCGCACCGCAGAAUAUAUUGGCGCCUUUAACGGUGUGAAUGCCGCCGGGUCGGCGAUUGGAUGUGUCGCAUGCUCUUACCUUGCCGACAAGUUCAGUCGGAAGAAGACUAUACAGUGGGCGGCAAUGGUUCUAUCGAUCGGUGCUGCCAUCUGUGCCGGAUCUGUCAACAAUGGCAUGUUCAUGGCUGGCCGCGUUAUCAACGGCCUCGGAAUCGGCGCCUUGGUCACGGCGAUCCCAAUGUAUCAAGCUGAGGUCUCGACCCCCGAAUCGCGAGGUUUCAUGGUCUCCAUGCAUGGCGUCAUGUUUGCCGUCGGAUAUUCACUUUCAGCAUGGCUUGGCUUCGGCGUGUCAUUCAUAUCUACCAGCGGAUCGCCAUCUUCGUUUCCUUGGAGAUUCCCGAUCGCUUUCCAAAUGGUGCCAGCACUUGCCCUGCUGGUUGGAUCUCCCUGGUUGCCGUAUAGCCCUCGAUGGCUCAUGAUGCAGAACCGCUUUGACGAGGCCCACGAUGUCAUCAAGAGGCUUCACGCCACCAAGGGUGAUCCUCAUGAUAGUCUUGCUCGAAAAGAAUUCUACCAGAUGAAGAAACAGGUCGAACUUGACCGUCAGAUUAAGGCCACCACUUCGAAAUGGGAGAUUUUCAAAACUCCAGCAAACCGUCGGCGUGCUAUAGUCGGCUUCCUGCUCAUGUGGAAUAAUCAAUUCACGGGUGUCUUGAUUAUCGCCAACUAUGGUAUCCUCCUAUACAUUUCUCUCGGCAUGACUGGCUAUAUGCCGCUAUUGCUCACCUCGCUCUGGGUCACUUCCACCCUACCAGGAAACUUGUUCUGUGCUUUCUAUGUCGAAAGAUUCGGCCGUCGAAAGUUUAUGCUCAUUGGUCUGACUGGCAUACUCGUCUCAUUGAUCUGCGAGAUUGCGCUUCAAGCAACCUACCUUGGAACUACCAACCGAGCGGGCCAAAACGCUGCCAUAUUUUUCAUCUUCCUAUUCAUUACUCCUUUCUGGAGCACAUUUAUGGACGCUAGUCAAUUUCUCUACCUCUCCGAGAUCUUCCCGACCCACAUUCGCAGCCAAGGUAUGGGUGUCGGUAUGUCUGGCCUAUAUCUGGCAGAUAUCAUCCUGCUCGUCGCCGGACCUAUUGCACUGGAUAAGAUUGGCUGGAAGUUCUUCCUCGUCCUUAUCGUGCCGACCGCAUUCAAUAUCGCCUUUGUAUACUUCUUCUGCCCAGAGACCAAGGGGCGCAGUCUGGAAGAUAUCAAUGCCCAAUUUGGAGAAGCUGUUGCUAUUCGUUUCUAUGGCGCGUCGGCUGAAGAACAAGCCGAACUUGAGAAGGCUGCGAUGGAAGAUGAGGAGAAGGAACUCCACGGUGGUGGUCACGGGACAUUGGAUGACAAAGCUGCAACUACUCAACAAGAAGUUGUAACAGCCGCGAAGGCAUAG